AUGCACGUUCGUGGCAUGCUCAUUCUCCAUUCUGAAAAAGAUCCAGAUGAACCGUCUGAUGAUCUCUGCAAGCGCAAUACAAAAGCUGGUGAGCGCCGACUGCUGGAUUUGCUCUUUGAAGAACGCAUAGAAGAUCCACUGGAACCGGAGAAUCACGUCCACCACCAUGGCCAAGUAAUAAUACCAUUUUCUUUUGAAUAUGAGAUGGUCUCUCAACAAGUAGUUUUGACUAUCGAACUGGAGCAGCGACCAGUCCAUCAGAAUGUCCCAUAUGGAGCUGUAGAUCGAGUUGAUCGUUGCAAACGUGAUCAGCAGCGCCCUGUACUUCUGGAUCGUGUCGAUCCGGUACAGACUCAACGACAUGUAGUACAAAAUCGAGACAGUGUACUUGAGCAUGUUGGCCAGGUGCGGGAACCACUCGCCAGUGUCUGCGUAUCUUCGGAAACACUGGAGGAAUCUCCAUAUGCUAGGCAGCGUUGA